AUGCAAGAUCAAAUCGACAAGCUGACAAGGAAAAUAAUUGGUCCCCUUGUCACUCGUCAUGGCAAGCUGUGGUCCAACUUCUGGGGGGCGUUGAGUCUGGAUGGUUAUUAUGCCCGUUCUGAAGACUACAUCGACAUCGUGCAGAGCAAGCGUGUGGGCGUGUGGAACAUUCCCUACAUGGCUCAUAUCUACUUGAUAAAGGGAGAGGUCCUGAGAAACGAGCUGAAGGAGAGGAACCAUUUUGUUUUGGAGAAACUGGAUCCUGACAUGGCUCUGUGCAGACACGCUAGAGAACUGGGAAUGUUCAUGUACAUUACAAACCGUCAUGAGUUUGGAAGGCUGAUAUCCACAGCAAACUUUAACACAUCACAUUACAACAGUGAUCUGUGGCAAAUAUUUGAGAAUCCAGUGGACUGGAAGGAGAAAUACAUCCACCCCAACUACACACGCAUCUUCACAGAGAACUACCUAGAAGAGCCAUGUCCAGAUGUGUUCUGGUUCCCGGUCUUCACGGAGCGAGCCUGUGAUGAGCUGGUGGAGGAGAUGGAACACUAUGGGUCCUGGUCUGAGGCAACCACGAG